AUGAAUUCCGAGGGUAUUUAUGCCCGUCCGGGCAAGGGUGAUAGCGAUCCUGAGAAAGCAAGCAUUCGGCACAACCAGUAUGACAAUGUCGAGAUUCGUGGUUUGGAGACGUCGCCCGAGACCAUGCUUCACAAAGGACUCAAGGCUCGUCACAUCACCAUGAUUGCCAUUGGUGGUGCUCUGGGAACUGGUCUCAUUGUCGGAACUGGUAAAGCUCUUGCCCAGGCUGGGCCUGGGUCUCUCUUCAUUUCGUACACCUUUGUCGGCUUGCUCGUCUUCAUGGUUAUGGCCGGUCUUGGUGAAAUGGCUGCCUGGUUGCCCUUGAGUUCUGGUUUCACCGGCUAUGCCACCCGGUACUGUCAUCCUUCUCUUGGUUUCGCGCUUGGAUGGUGCUACUGGAUGAAGUACAUUAUUGUGACUCCGAAUCAGCUUACGGCCGCUUCACUCGUCAUUUCUUUCUGGGUACCUCGCGAGAGGGUUAAUCCAGGUGUCUUUGUCGCCAUUUUCCUCGUUGCCAUUGUCUGUAUCAAUUACUUUGGAGGAAUCAAAUUCUUCGGCGAGUUUGAAUUCUGGCUGUCCUCGUUCAAGGUUAUCGUGGUGAUUGGCAUUAUUCUUUUUGCCCUCAUCAUUGCCUGCGGCGGCGGGCCGAACCAUGAUGCCAGUGGCUUCAGGUAUUGGAACGACCCUGGCGCUUUUGCGCAGCUAUACAAAUCUGGUCCUCAUGGUGCCCUCGGCAAAUUUUUGGGAUUUUGGUCCGUCAUGGUCAACGCUACCUUUGCCUAUCUUGGAACUGAGCUCGUCGGUGUAACUGCCGCCGAAGCCCAGAACCCGCGUCGAUCCAUUCCCAAGGCUAUUAAGCUUACCUUCUACCGUAUCUUGUUCUUUUACUGCCUCAGCGUUCUACUCGUGGGCAUGAUUGUUCCUUACAAUCACGAGAAGCUCGCAUUUGCCAACAAGCAGACGACCGGAGCCAGCGCCAGUCCUUUCGUCGUCGCCGCCACUAUUGCCGGUGUCUCUGGCUUGCCUCAUAUUAUCAAUGCUUGCAUUUGCGUCUUCGUCUUCUCUGCCGCCAACUCGGAUCUGUACAUUGCAAGCCGAACCCUGUACGGUCUUGCAAGUGAUCGCUCUGCUCCCGCCAUCUUCCGUCGCACUGACAGCCGGGGUGUUCCCGUGUAUGCCCUCGCUGUCGGUACCGCGUUUGCUUGCUUGGCCUUCAUGGUUGUUUCCGAUGACUCUAAAAAAGUCUUUGGAUACUUUGUGAAUCUGACUACCAUCUUUGGCCUCCUGUCUUGGAUCUCCCUCUUGGUCACUUAUAUCUACUUCCUAAAGGCUCGUCGCGCACAGAACAUUUCUGACAGCGUUAUGCCUUAUGUCGCCCCUCAGGGUCUCAUUGGGACCUACAUUGCUCUUUUCUUCUGCAUCCUUAUCCUCCUCACCAAGAAUUUCGAUGUCUUUAUUCACCAUGACGGCAUAACCUUCGAUUAUCAAAACUUUAUCACGGGUUAUCUGGGUGUCCCUCUUUACCUAAUUCUUCUAUUUGGACACAUGAUGGUCACUAAGAGCCGGGGAGUAGGGGCACACGAGGCCGACUUUUACGCUGGAAAGGACAUUGUUGACCAGGAGGAGAGCGACUUCUUGGAUCUUCAAAAGGAAAAGAUCGCCGCCAGCACCGGAUGGUCCAAAUUUUAUAACCGCUAUGUAUCAUGGCUGUUUUAG